CGCCCCCCCGCCGCCAUCAUGGCGCUGACGCUUUACUCGCUGCUCCAGGCCGCGCUGCUCUGUGUGAACGCCGUGGCCGUACUGCACGAGGAGCGCUUCCUCAACAAGAUUGGCUGGGGCACUGACCAGAGUAUCGGGGGAUUCGGGGAGGAGCCGGGAAUUAAAUCGCAGCUGGUAAACCUCAUCCGCUCCGUCCGGAUGGUCAUGAGACUUCCUCUGAUCGUGGUGAACUCCAUCACCAUCGUGUUACUGCUGCUGUUCGGAUGACGGACGACGGGGGGGGGAAAGAACUUCUUAAAGGGGAGGGAGGGGGGGGAAAGGGACAAGGUCGCCAUUGAAGAACGUCUUACCCUACAGCCCGAGUCACCGAUGAGGUAGCGAAACAAGCGGAGAUCUGGGCAUGUCCUGCUCUUAGCCCAACAGCCUCUCUCCUCUCCUCUCUCUCUCUCUCUCCCUCCUCUCUCUCUUGCUCUCUUUCUCUCACAGACAGUUAUCUUCAGGAGGUUUUUAUUGUAAGAUUACAAGCCGGAGCCUUCGUUCUUUUGCUUUCGCUUUUAUUUUUUGUUUCUCUCCGUUCAAUUAAUUUGCGGGUUCAACACGGGGAGUGUCUGGCUUGUGCGUCUCUCCCUCUGACUCGGCCAUAGAACAGUGGCAACCGUUUUGUUUGGGAAUAAAGAAAAAUGUUUCACAGCC